AUGGCUGUCGUAGGGCAGUUCAAAUUAUCCGUCCAUAUCGCUUCGCUUCCAGAUAGUGGUAUGAUAGAUGCUCGCAUGUUGAGCUUGUUCCAAUCCCUCCGGGCUGGUGAUUUGGUUCUUCUCGAUGACAUAGACUGUGCCGGUCUAGGCCGGGAAACUCAGCAGCCUGUUCAAAACGCCGUCGUCUGUAAGGAACAGGCCAUUGUCGCUAAGCGCCAAGCCAAAAAGCCCAAUGAUGAGGUCGAUGCGAAGGUCGAUGAGAAGGUCGCUGGGAAACCCGAAAACCAGCUGCCUCAAAUGGAGUCACGCUCUCUGGUCUCAAUGCCAUCGAUGGCGCCGCUGCACCGCCAGGACACACCCUCAUCAUGA